CAACGUCACUCUGCUUGGCGACGGAACAAAACAACAACGUCACUCUGCUUGGCGACGGGACAAACCAAAGGUAUUGCCACUUAUAGGCUGGGCACCUCGAGACGGUCGUAACACUAGCCUCGUGUUUAACCAUUUCUGCUCGGGCGUCACUUAUCACCUUUGGCUAUAGUCAAGACGGUACAAACUCUACAUGGUCUGACCAUUUCUGCUUGCUAUGCCGAACAUCAACAGGCACGAUACAACUCUACAUGGAUGAUCGUUACCUCCUGUUGUGCCAGGUAUAGUCAGGACCGAUCCAACUCUGCAUGGCUGAUCGUUACUUCCUGCUAUACCGAAGUACUCUGCUUGGCACUUCAUCACGACACAUAGCUGCUCCAACAGCACCACAACACACGCUGCUCCAACAGCACAAUAACACACGCUGCUCCAACAGCACAACAAUAAACGCUGCUCCAACAGCACAACGACAACAUACUCAACACUUGGAUCCGACGACACUCCUCGUUUUCCAAAAUUAAGAUUUCGCUUCCCAUGCCUUCCUUCGAGGUUGUUAUCAUUACUUAAAGAUUUAGAGGUUAUUUAAGGUCUUAUGAGUUUUCUUUAUAAAAUAGAUUCCAUUUUGUCUUAUCGCGAGUCUUAUACAUUUGCAGGAUCUCCCAAUCCCAAGUCGCUUCCAGAGGAUGUCUCGAUCCACUAAACAAGAUUAAGGCCCGAACCUCGUUCGUCCUAUCAAACUUUCUCAAAACUCUCAAAAUAAAAUCGGCAUGACCUGCCCGCUAUUCUCACCGUUCAGAAACUCAGAUUCCAAUACAGAGCAUAUUUAAAUCAUCACAAUCAACAACAUGUCAUAUCUCAAUAAAUCGCAAUAUUAACACUUAGCACUUAGCAUAUAAAGCAUGCACCACACAUCCUAGAUUACCCACAUAGCACAUAGCAUGUAAGUCAAUCUUCAAAAACAUUCAGUAGAUGAAUCAUCUACAUUGUCAGCCGAAGCCUCAGAAAACAUUUUCCAAUCACACACCAUCCAGUGCAUAAACAGUAAACAAUGUCGAAACAUCGACCCUAGGCAUUAACUAGAGAUUCAGUGAGAAGCCCUCACCUGAAAGAUCUCCAGAACGAUCAACUAGUGCUUCCUCGCACUCAAAGUGUUGCUCCUCGGGAAAUUCCUCAAAAGUUCCUUUAAAACAAAAUCACAGAAAUACUAUCAGAAUCUAUCGAAAACUAAGUUAUCGAUACGUACUAAGGUUACUCGAAGUAAUCUAUACUCUAAGGUACGAUAAUCUAGCGCGAAAGACAAGUUUUCGGAAAAAGGAAAUUUCUUCCUCCCCCUUAAUAGGGCUCGGCCACUUUGGCUAAUUAUGGGGCUCGAUUUUUCUUCGAUCAAACUUGGUUCCUAUGCUUUCAUCAGCCGUAACUAAGGGUAUUCUGAACUCGGAAAAAUUAUCGGAUCGAAAACUGUCGCAGGGGUAUUUUGGUCAUGAUUUUUAACUUAGGAUUUUCAAAACUGAAAUCCCAAAAAUAAAAUUUUGCAGGGACGUCACCAACGACGUUUAUGACAACUAAUCCUACUAGCACUAAGCUAAGGCGAUAGUUUUCAGCCUAAAGGUUGGAACUUUACUCAAAAACUACAUAAAAUGGGUAUUUUAGGUUCAAAUUGAUUCCGGCGGAAUUCCGGCGACAUAACGGAAAAUCUAAUCCGGCAGAAGUGAUCUUGGGCAUACAUAGAAGAGGUUUAGAAUCAGAAAUGAAAGAUUCAGGAUAGUUUUGCAAAAACCCAUAAACUAUCCGCUCAGAAAACUCUACAGAAAAGCUAUGGAAAAAGCGAUCAGAGGUAAGGAUUAGCGACUAUACCUCGAAACCUUGAAGCAGCAACUGAUUGAUCGACGAUCAAGCAAGGUUUGAACAAAAUCUUCUUCUCCUUCUUCCUUGAUGAACUCGCGGCCUUGAGAGGGAAAAUGGAGGAGUUUUGUGUUUUUUUCUCACUUGCUUGCUAUAUAUAGAAAAUGGUAAUUCGCGGGAAAAUGAAAGUUUCGCGAAUCUGAUUUUUCCGGCAUCAUUCUCCAUGAAUUCUAAGAUAGGUUUUGGCAAAGGAAUUCCUAAGCUAAGAAGAUGUCUCCUUGUAUUUUUGGCAAUUAAUGCAAAGUCGGUGCAAAGUCGGUGUAAAACUAUUUUACCCGAUAAGUUGCUUUUUGCAUCGAAUGUCGGAAUGGAAAACUUCCUUCUGAAGAAAGAUUGAAAUCAUCAAGAGAAAUGGGUGUACGCGUGUAGAAUAUCCAUUUGAAGCUCUGAAUAGAUAAAGUCUUCAUUGUCGAGAAAUUCUAGGGUUUUGAAAUACCAGGGAUUCGGUUUCGGCAAACUUCCGAUGAUUGGAAUCGGACGUUCGUAGAUCCUAGAGUUUCGCCUCGAAACGAUUGUGACAUAUGGAAAAAGAGAAGUUCUAACAUUUCUCUGAAGAUUUUUGGAAUUAACUGCCAUCGUGCCUAAAAGUGAAAAUUAGCUAUAUACUAGGGUUUCUGACCUAGGUUUAAGCGUGUAACGAUCGUGCUAUAACUUUUAUCGAUCAUAAUGCAAUCCUUGAACUUUUCCUGAACUUUCUCCUUCAUAAAUAUAUUUCAUUUAAUAAACUUUCGUUCAGGUUUCCCUUCACAUUACAUCAACCCUAAUCUUGAAUAAGAAGUUUAUUCACUUAGCAUAAACUUAAAAACUCGGGCCUUACACUGUCCUGAAAGAUCCAGCUGGAAACCAAAUCCAAGUUGAUGUGCAUGCAUAUAGGAACACAAUGUGGUUUGGGCAAGCAAUAUCAGUAUUAAGAAAUGUAUAUCAUGUUCAAGAAACAGGUUUAGUUAAAUUUAGCUAUUUUGGACAUGGGAAUUUUAAUAUUAGAGUUUUUCAUAAGGAUGAAAAGGAAGUCAGUUAUCCUCCUUCAUUGAAUCACAAUCAAAUGAUUUUCCAAAACCCUCCAAAUGGAAGACACAGUAACAUGCCUGAAUUCUAUGUUGACUAUGAUCAUGUGUUUUUUUGGAAUGAGAUAAUUAUCUCAGGCAAGCAUGGAGGAUUAAUGUGGGAUAGAGUCCUGUCUGAAGAAGAAAUCAGGGGAACAUCAAAUGUUGGCAUUCCUACAAAAAUAACUAAGGAGUUGUUUGCACACAAGCCUACAGAAAUUGAGGUUAUACUUCCAGAUGGAACCUGGACAAAAUGGGGGAUUACUUGGCAUGAUAUGUUCCCAACAAAAGGAACAUUUGAUCAAGGGUGGCAGGAAUUUCAUAAUCAAGAAUUUGAUAACACAUGCUUAGUGGGAGGAGAACAUCACUUCAUCAUGUGGAAGAGGAAUGAAGAAAACACUUAUUGUGUCCAAGUUGACCACUGGCUUUCGAAGAGAGAACAUGAUCAGCAGCAGAACUAACUUUUCAUCUGAGAGAACCAGUGGGUGGACAACUAUAAGGUUCAAGUGGCAAAAGAUUACUGGGUUCAACUUAGAAAUCCGCAAAUCAAGUUUGCUCUUAUUAUUUUGUUCCCAAACAACUGCAAUAUAUCUGGGUUUCAUUAGGUUAAUUUCAAAUGGUGACUGGAUAACUGUUAUUUAUCAGUACAAGUACUUUAUUUUUAAGAACUCUAUCUUUGAAUCCUGCAUCUUAAAU